CACGCGCGUCGUCUCGUUGAGCUCUCUCCGCACUGUCGCUGCACUUCUACCCGCACACCUGCUAUCGUUCAGGCUUCGUCGGCUCUCACGCUCUCGAGCGUGGAGGUCGCUUCGACCUCGCCACUCGGUUUCGGUUCUCGGCGAUUUCACCUCGCGGCACAACUCACCCGCGUUCUCCACUGCAGCGAUUGCCGCGGUUCUCGAAGCGUGUUGUGAUACAUGCUGUGACUCUGGCGGACCUGGCGCCGUGACAGUGAACUCGUGAUUUUACCUGGUGCGGAUGUGCAGUGAUGGAUUAAUGAGACAGAAGCGCGAGUGAACGCGCGAAACGACGGGUCCUCUUUUCCUGGUGGGGUGCGAUAGCGGAUCGUCAAAAUUGAGCCCAAACUGUAUCUAGAUUACAACGCCGCCCCGCUGUUCGCCUCCGAAAACGCCUCCAGUGAAGUGUGGAGCGCGAACGGCGGGGGUGGCGCGACAGCAUGCGGUAGCAGCGGCAUGGAGCUGAAACACGAGGUGGCGUACCGGGGCAUACCGGGUCAGGUGAAGGCCGAGCCGGGCGUCAGCCACAACGGGCACCCGAACGGGCACGUGCGCGACUGGAUGGCGGGUGGGGGUUCCCCGUCGCCGGCAGCGGCACCGCCUCAGCCCAACGGGUACUCGUCGCCGCUGUCCUCCGGCAGCUACGGCCCGUAUAGCCCCAAUGGGAAAAUAGGUAAGCGGAAACUUGAAUAAUCUGUCUGCUUUAUUUCGAAGGUAAG